AUGAAAUCGACGAUUAUAUUUCUUCUGCUGCAAUGCUGUGUCGUGGUUUUCUCGGACGACAGUCCGGCUUCUAAAGAUAUAGGACUGGAUGACUACGACGAUAUUGGCAGAAAACAUAGAAAGAAAAAAAAGCAACAGAAUAACCCAUGUUUCGGACGGACUCUGGGUGAAAAGUUUGGCUCCCAAGAUUACACUAGCACGUAUAUAUCAGCUCCGGUCACGAAUUAUUUCUUUGGUUGCGGAGGAUUUCCCGCACCUGUUGCGCCUGUCUAUCCCCAGUAUGGAAACCAAGGACAUGGAGGCCAUGGUCACGGAGGUCAAAGUCACGGGGGUCACGGCCACGGAGGCCAUGGUCAGGGAGGUCAAAGUCACGGGGGUCAUGGCCACGGAGGUCAAAGUCAUGGGGGUCACGGUGGAAACUUUCAAGGGGGAUACGCACCAGGAUACAUUCCCCAGAAUUAUGGCAAUCAGCAACAAUAUCAGCAGUUCAAUCCAGGAUUUCAAGUUCAAAAUAGACCGUUUCAAAAUGUAGUCUCAUCAGCUGCUGCUGGACUGGGAAACGUUGUCUCCAGUUACUUUUCAAGACCCAGGAAGACAUACAAACAAAUUAAUAGAUUCAUAAACCAUUUGUUUUAUAAUGGUGUUGGAGCCUUCCGAUCCCGGGAAGUUAUUUAUUUGAAGGAACAAAGUCAGUCAGAUUUCGAAAGUGGGAAGGAAAAUGACGAAAGCGAUGGCCACUAUCAGGCAUCGCACCCGACAUCUUAUUUGGAUACAAUGCUGCAUCUUUUCCGCGGUAACAUCGGAUCUGGUCUGCUGGCCAUGGGUGACGCCUUCAAAAAUGGCGGCAUCAUCUUUUCACCUAUCAUGACAGCUAUCAUUGGAAUUAUUUGCGUGCACGCACAGCAUUUAUUGCUGAAUUGUUCAGAAGAAAUGUAUAGGGAAACAAAACGACCGAAGCCACCGGGUUUCGCUGAUACAGUGUCGUUGGUGUUUAAAUAUGGCCCCGUCAGACUACGACCACUAGCAUCUACAAUGCGUGUCAUGGUCAAUACAUUCCUAUGCAUCACUCAACUGGGUUUCUGCUGCAUCUACAUAGUCUUCAUAGGGAAUAACGUUAAAAUGAUUUGCGACCAGUACGGAGUGGAAAUAAGUCUAUCGAUUCACAUGAUAUUUGUCAUAUUUCCCAUACUACUUGCAUGUAUGGUGAGAAAUCUUAAAUACCUGACACCAUUCUCGACGAUUGCUAAUGUGUUGAUGGCAGUUGGGGUGGGAGUUGUGUUGUAUGAAGCGGCACAGGACCUUCCAUCCGUGGAGUCCAGGACUUACCUGGCGGAGUGGCAACAAUUACCCUUAUAUUUUGGUACUGCAAUCUAUGCCUUCGAGGGUAUUGGCUUGGUUUUACCCUUGAAAAAUGAAAUGCGAAAACCAGAGCAGUUCCAGAAGCCCUUAGGUGUUCUUAACGUGGGUAUGGCUGCGGUCGGAUGCGUGUUCAUCUCGAUGGGAUUCUUGGGAUACUUAAAAUGGGGAGAGGAUGUAGCCGGUAGCUUAACACUAAAUUUACCACAGGGAAAAGUAAUUAGUUCCGUGGUGCAAGGAUUAAUAGCGCUGGCAAUGCUCCUCACUUAUCCUCUUCAAUUCUAUGUACCGAUAUGUAUCAGCUGGCCAGGCCUGCGCAAGCGCUUGAGUCCAAACGGUCUAGUUGCUAAGGAACUGGCCUACAGAGCACUGAUAGUCGUCCUCACUUUUAUCGUCGCUGAAUCGAUACCAGAGUUGGGGCUGUUCAUUUCUCUGGUCGGAGCGAUCAGCAGCACAGCAUUAGCGUUGAUGUUUCCACCUCUCAUUCAACUCGUCCACGAGGCACACAGGAACCGACUCUCCGCUUUCCUCAUCACCAAAAACUGUAUCAUCAUCCUCUUGGGCAUCUUCAUCUUUACCACGGGCACAUACGAGAGUUUGACGGCGAUCAUUAGCUUCUUUAGAAAGGGAUAG